CAUCCAUCUGCUCAGCAGUCGCGCAAAGUGAUGGCCCGGCUAUUUCUGUAGGGACGUUACUCGCGCGAGCAGUUAAAAACUUUGGUCAGCCUAUUAGCGACAGUGGUCAGGCCGGUCAGUGUGAAUUUCCGCCGUUGCAGGCGUCGCCGGUUCGUGUUCCGUUUGUUAUUCCUCUGCAAAAGAUCGAAGCGCACAAAGUAGAACGACC